UGGAUAUUUUAAUUCUUGUCCGCUAAAGGGUUAGUAGCCCAGAAACCAAGAACAGUAGAAGAAAACUCUGCUCAAAUUUCUUGUCUCAUUGUAUGAAAAGUUUGAAAUGGCUUAAAUAUUCAAAAAUUGAAUUGGGUAAAUCACACUAGAUUUUCAAAUUUUUUCUUCUGCACUUUUGUAUAAUUGCCUUGUUGAAGCAAACUUAAAGUUUGUUUGAUAACUUGAUAAGCUAAUCUGGAUUGUGAGUUGAUUUAUAUUCAAUUUGAUAGUUUGGCUAAUUUUGCUCACAGAAUAUAAAUUACUUGUGCAUACAAGACCUGAGCUGUAAAAUGGGGCUUAAAGAAGACAAUGUUGGUACUUUGGAAGAAGCUGCAGCCAAGCGCAAAGCAAGACUACAGGAGUUGAAAAGCAGAAAAAAGAAGAAUGAAGAGGAUUCCAAAGAGAAUUCUGAUGCUGGUGAUGCAGAUGAGGCGCUACCUCCUCCUAAGAUACUCUUCAGGAAUUAUCAGCCAGAGAGCGAAAUUUUGAGUGAGGGUGUCCUUGAUCCCACAAAGCCUGCUGAUGUCGACACAUUAGUAGAGGAGCAAGUUGCUGAUGCUAAUAAAGCUGCUAAAUCCUUGCAACAAGUUGAGCUUAGCAGUUUGGCACCCAAAAAAAUCACGUUUGACCUGAAGCGCGCCAUCGAGCCUCGCCUGGAGAAGCUGGAGCGAGCGACUGACCGCGCCAUCGCUGAGCUCAUCAGAGAGCGGCUCAAAGAGGAAGCUGCUCAAGACAAGCACGACUUGCUGGCCGCCGUGAACGCCGGUGCUGCCGCCGCUGCUCACACGGAUGAUGAAGACUGAACACGGAGCUGACGUCUGCUAGACCUGCUUGCCGCAGUUGCACAUACGGACCACACAACGUUGACACUAGAUACUUAGACAAAGUUGCAAACAGCUUUGUUUACGCUCGCGCUGUUUAGUCGCCUCGACACUGCCGAUCGCUGGCUGGUGUUGCUGAUGACACAGGGUCUGUAUUAGAACUCAGCAUAAGAACUCGAGAAGCAAAUAUGAAUAUGCCACUUUCAUUUGAGUAACCUGUGGUUUAAUUAUUUUAUUCAUAAAUUAAUUUACGCAGACUUGAGAACUGGGAAAGAGUGACCUUACAGGUAUUUAGAAUGUAUUUCAAACCCAUUGAGGUAAGCACUAAUAUUAAAUUGCUGAAAAAUAUCAAGUUAAAUCAUUUAAUUAUAAACGUAAGAACUUUCUAUAAAAAACGGAUAUUUAAAAAUUGAUUAUACAGUAUAUAUAUAACAAGUCACGAAGACUAAAAGAAUCGGCGACUGGCCUAACCAGGCUAAUUAUUCUUGAUUGAAUUGUUAAAAAAUAAUGAGAUAAUUUCCGGUACCGAUGCAGCAACUGAAUUUAACAAUUAUUUCAUCUCUGUUGCUAACGAUAUCACAAAAAACUUAGGUCCUGUGAACGAUAAUUUGAUGAAUGAAAAUCCCUCCUGUGAGGCAUCCUGCUUCCUUUUUCCUACUUCUGAAUUUGAGAUAAAGCAAAUUUUACGACUGUGCAAGGGCAAAAAACUUCAGGUCGAUGAAUUUCAGCCAAGAAUAUUGUAUCUUGUAGCUGACACUGUAGCGCCAGUCUUAGCGCAUAUUUUUAACCUCUGUAUGUCCACAGGAGUGUAUCCUAAUUUACUGAAACGAGCUCGAGUCAUACCUAUUUUUAAAUCGGGUGACCCUUACAAAGUCUCUAAUUACCGUCCUAUAUCAACCCUGUCAUAUCUUAAUAAGAUUUUUGAAAAAAUUCUCCACUCUAGACUAACUACUUUUUUCGAUAAAUUUUCAAUUAUAUCCGAUAACCAGUUUGGUUUCCGUAAGGGUAGCAACACAACCAUGGCUAUAUUUUAUCUAGUUCAAGACCUUCUUAGGACGUACCAUUCAAAAAGAUUACUGUGUCGCUCUUUUUCUGGACCUACAGAAGGCUUUUGAUUGUGUGAAUCACCGAAUUCUUCUAGGGAAGCUACACCGUUAUGGUAUUAGAGGGACCUUCCUCUCACUUAUUCAGUCUUACCUCUCGAAUAGAGAACAGUUCAUCGCGCUAAACGAGUUCAAUUCACCCAUAAAACCAAUCAAUAUAGGUGUGCCACAAGGCUCUGUACUGGGACCUCUUUUCUUUACUAUUUUUAUUAAUGACAUUGCUUCAUCUCUUAAUGUGAACUGCAAACUUUUUGCCGACGACGCAGUGUUUUAUGUCUCGAGAAGUUCCUUCGACGAA